AUGCUCCGUGAGAUCGACCGCUGCCGUCAGCCGCUGUCAACCACCACACAGCUGCACAGCGAGCGCACGUGGCGUCGUUGGGCGCCUGCAAUUGGCGGAGGCGCGGUUGUGGCGCGGCCGGCAGGCUGGAAGCAACGUCGUAUGUCGCACGGAGGACGGACCUUCGGCACCGUCAAAUGGUCCGGAAUGUUGCUGCAGCGUACAUUAUGUACGAAGAUACAGUUCCCCCGCGCUAGCCAGUACCUGCACAAGAAGUGGAGCCUGGGCGACUAA